CGCACCGCACGGCCGGCCGGUCUUCUGGUUGCAUCUCCCGGCGCCGGCGAGCGGGCAUCCCUCCGACGUCCAUCUGUGGCGGAUGGCGGACCGCGGUUCUGGCUCGGUCGAGAAGCACGCAUCCCCACUUCAGCCUCGCCAUGGCCAUCUCACCUGCGGCCUGAGCCUGUUCUGAGCAGCCAAGACCUCAGCCACCUGGUGCUGCAACACAGUAUCAUUGCACAACACCUUCGUCUGCGAGGACUAUGCUGAAGCACAGUGCCCGUGAGGAGAGCGACGGGCUACUCAACUCCAGCAGUAGCUCCUUCGAGCUCCUGGACACCGAGUACAAGGGAUCACCCAAGGUCGCCGGGGCCUACAAGUCCAGCUCUAGGUUCGCCAGGCCGCUCUGGCAAUACGCCCUCGCGACCCUGCUUCUCGUCGCGCUCACGGACCUUGCCUUCCUCGCGUACAUAUCGCGCAUCUUCGCCACCGAGUACUUCGACGCCGCCGAUCUUCCCCUCGCGAAUCCGUACAUCGGGCUAAAGGAGCUCUAUGAGCUGGGACGUGUCGAGCCCGACCGCAUCGAGCCGCUCCUCAACAGGCCGCGCGUGGCGACGCAGGUGUUCCGCGACGAGCCAGACCGAGCGGGGAGCAGGGGCGAGCAUGAGGUGUGGAAUACGAUGAUGGGGACGUUGUCCCCGUACGACAGGCAUCUGCUCAUCGACGACAUGACACGCACGAUCGCGCAAUUUCGCGCGAUGGACUUCGGCAUGGAGGAAUGCUCGCUCGUCCUCCGCCUGCCCGGCCCGUCAGACCACGUCGAGGGCAAAGACCAGCCCGCGCUCAGCAGCACCGCGCUGCAGCUACAGAUUUGCCCGCUCGACAUCCCGCGCUUCCUCGACGUCUCAGCGGUCACCUGGAAUGCGCGCCCGCGGUGCGCUGCGCCGCCCACGGCCUUCACGGCGGCGGUCGGCGCGGAGCUCGAGGUGCUCCCGCGCUUCGCGUGCGCGUGGGGGACCUACCACUCGUUCGAGGUCGGCUGUGCGGAGGGAAGCUCGGAGGAGUGCCUGGUGGACGUAUGGUCGAACCACAACCAGACCUGGGGAUUGUACAUGCAUCAGCACCAGACCAUCUAGGGCGCACGAGCCCUGCGCGUCCGGGCAGGAAGGAGGAAUGUCAUUUGUGUGUGUACUGUACGCUAUCUGGUGAUGCAGCGCCGUUUGCGAGGAGGUGCGCUCGAGCUCGGACGUGCCAAGGCCUGUGCCGUGAUGACGAACUCGAGGGGUCCGGGGCCACCGAGGCGGUCAUCUGUAGAGUACGGAGGAGCACGAGGCCCGUAUUCUUUGGCCAUACACAGGGCGGGUGGACUGAGGGUACCACAAUCUUCUCCGCACAUGGCAGCGCGAUGGAAGGACGAACGGCCUCGAUGCAGUGCCAACGCGUAGAUAGGCUCAAACUUCCUGCGGGCAGUCCAUUGCCAGAGCCAGAGUGUGUGGUGUAGAUUUAGCUCCUUGGGCGUAUCUUGCCAGAUCUUAUCCUAGGCUACGAUA